AUGGCUUCGCACACUUGUUGGAACGAAACCGCUUCGCAGCAGGAAAGCGAGGUGAAUCCCGCGUUCCUGGUGCUCAACUGCGUCAUCCUCUCGCUCACCUUCGUCCUGGGCUUGCCUGCCAACCUGUUGGUUUGCUGGGUGGUGUUCAGAAACCAAAACCUCCAGACCUCUAACAACGCGCUGCUGGUCAGCCUGGCGGCCAGCGACCUCCUGAAGUGCUCCGUGGACACGCCGCUUUUCCUCUUCUCCUUCCUCAGCUACGGGAGACACCUGGAGGUGUCCGUGUCCCUGUGCGCCGUGCAGCGCUUCUCAUACGCGCUGUGCAGCUGCGUUCAGCUCCUCACACUGGUCAGCAUCAGCGUGGAGCGGUACCAAGCCAUCGCCUUCCCCUUCCGGACGCAACGGAGGAAGACCAGGGUGUGCAUGUGGAUCCCGUCCAUCUGGGUCUGCGGCGUCCUCUUAGCCGUCGUAUCGCUGGCUCUCUCAAAACAGGAGCUGUAUCACAUGCUCUGCCGCCGGUACCCUUGGGGGGAUGUGCCCGUUGAGACUCUCCGAUCUACGGAUCCGUUCGGGGCCUAUGUCCUGGUGCCUGUGUGGGGUUUCUCCUUGACCCUGAUCGUUAUUUACUACGCGCGAAUAUUCAAAGUAGUCCGGCAACACCGAAAGCGAGUCUACGACAACGGGAUCCAGCUGAGGCCAACAACGAAACAGGUGUGGAGGUGGUUCAGCUUCGCGGCUUCAGAACCGGGACCAGCUCCUCGUCGUACUCCUCCUCAGCGCCAUCACCUCAAGCUGCUCCCGGCAAUGUGUCGGCCUGCGUCCAGCAGCACGCCGCCGAACAGCCGUCUGAUCACCGUGGCCGAGGCGAGGACGUCCCGGGUCAUCAAGGGGAAGCCCCCGCGGAGCCCCCUUCCGGAGAUCGCAGGAGCGGUUUGUAUUCUGACGCCCCUGGCGAGAGAGCGCGGGAAGAAACGGAUGGAGGGGAAGCUGGCGCAGCGCUUCGGGUACAUCAUCAUCGUUUUCACUCUGUUCUGGGUGCCCAUGGUUGUGACCCUUUUGAUGAACAUCACCUCGUGGCAGAACACCAACUCACUGGCAGUGGAGCUGGAGACAUCUGCCAUGGUGCUGACCAGCGUGCCGGCCGCUGUAGACCCGCUCAUCUACACCAUGGUGACCCGGCAGUUCCGCUCCGAGCUGAAUAAGAUCCUCUCCUCGCUGUCGGUCUUUCCGCGGAAGUUUAAGGGUUGA